AUGCGAGCCAAGACGAGCGCGAAGUCCAACCAAACGCACUUCUCGAGCAACUUCUGCUCUCCGCACUAUUCCAAGGAAAAAAAAACUGCUGGGAAAAUGCAUGCUUCAUAUGAUGCACGUUUAUCCCCUGAAUGUGGUGGCGAAGUGGAGGCCGCAAGGUUUGGAUGUUUGUGGUUGUGUGGGGUGUGA